CCAGUUCACUACCCACCUUGUACUUUUCUCUUGUUCAAUCGACAUCAAAUUUAUAUUUUCUUUGCCUUCUCGAUUGUCCUGCAUUUUGAAAAACGCAACGGCAUGAUGAAAACGAUAUUAGUAGCGACGAUUUGCGCUAUGUUUAUUACUUUGAGUGGAGCAGACAUUAAACGUGCUAGUCUAGAUAUUCCAGCACUUAAACCAUUUUUAGGCCUAGAUGUCAAAGACGUGUGUACUAGUUCGUUUAUUGGAGGGUUGAAUUAUUCAGUGAGUGCUGCGGGCUUGGAUUCGCCACAAAUUGGUGGUUGCGCCAAUAUCGAAUAUAAAAGAGUUCRUGACAACGUGAAAAAGUCAUUUAAUUUGUGGCUUAACCAUUUACAGCAUAACAAGCCUCAAUGUGGCCAAGAAGGUAUGGAACACAUCAUUUUUUCCUGUAUGGGAAUGCCCUUGUCAUCACAAGAAAUCAAUAAAUAUGGAAGUCAGUUUAUACGUCUAUACGGCCGAGUUCCCAACAAGAAGGGUGCAGAAAGUCUCAGAUGUGGCUUGUUCGAGAAAGAGCUAGGUGACAACAAAGUGCUCCGUUUGGCGGUUAGCGGUGAUCAUUUGUGCAACGGUUUGUCAGACUUUUUCUCUGACAUAUUUCCGAGAGUCACCAAAGGGUCCAAAUUGCUGGAAUUGACAAUAGACCCGGAAUACCAAUUAAGAUUCAAGCGGUCAACAACAGAUCCAGCUCCCUCUAUUAAAAACCAUAACUGGUUCUAUAUGUGGAUGUUGGGUUGAU